UCCCACCUAUCUGUUGGGAACUUGUGCAGGCAGCAUGUAUUUAUAGGCAGCUGAGAUCUGGAGCAAUCCCAUCCUUUGCUAACCGAAUACUUUCCUCCUAAAGCUUCCUAAAAACAAAACCAACAACUCUUCAGUCUAACAAACAGAAAACAAAAAAUGGAGAAAACAGAAGAAACCGCUUUAAAUCCAUCAAAGGUAGCAGCAGCAGCAGCAGAAACAACAAAAAAAGAAUCGAAAGACGCAGAAGCUCAGGCCGCACAUCCCAAACGCAAACACAGACGCAGAAACAUCUGUCUUGCGGUCACGGCGGCAAUUAUCCUCGCAAUUGUUCUUGUUGUUGUGAUUUUAGCUUUCACGGUUUUCAAAGCCAAAGAACCGUCAACCACCGUCGACUCAAUCAGUCUACAAAAUCUCCGUAUCUCUCCAGACAUCGCUAGGAUGAACGUUGAUCUGAAUAUAACUCUCGAUGUCGAUCUCACCGUCACGAACCCUAACAAAGUCGGUUUUAAGUACAAAAACGGUUCCGCUUUCUUAAAUUACAGAGGAGAACUUGUCGGCGAAGUUCCAAUUCCCGCCGGUAAAAUGUCCUCCGAUUCUACAAGACCGAUGAAUUUGACCGUUACCGUCAUGGCGGAUCGGUUAUUAUCCAAUCCCCAGCUCAUCCCCGAUGUGGCCUCCGGCGUGUUGACUUUCAGUUCGUUGAUCAAACUGUCCGGUAAGGUUGCGAUUUUUAAAAUAUUUAAAGUGAGCGUGGACACGACCACAACCUGCGAUAUUACUAUCUUUGUUUCAAAUAGUACUCUGGGAGAUCAAAACUGCAAGUACAAGGCAAAACUAUAGAACAUGUUCUGUUCUUUUUAUUGUUCUAGAAUUAGAUUAUAAUACGCUGUUUUAGUGUGUGUAGUGGAGAUUUUCUUUAUUGAUACUAGAUAAUAAUACAUAACGUUUGUAUUUGUAUACUUGAGUUGAUUACUCUGCCAUUUUUAAUAACUUGGUUCUUUUCUUUCUUUCUUAA